GUCAUCCAUCUAAGGAAGACGCCAGGGCUCAUUGGUACAGGCAAUUGCAUGAAUGGCUUGUAGUCGUCUGCAACUUACCAAGAAUUCAAGCUACGCGAUAUGAUAUAGAAUUGCCAGUGGUUAACCAUGUAUCCGCAGAGACCAGUUUUACGAGCUUAUUGACCGAAAUACCCGAAGGAUUACUCGCAAAGGCUUACGAAAUUAUUGAAGAAAUUUCUAAAUAUGUCAGCAAAUGGCUUCAAUUUCAGUCUCUCUGGGAUCUUGGAGAUACGGACGUAUACAAACGUCUUGGCGACGACCUUAGUGAAUGGCAAAAGAUUCUCGCUGAACUCAAGAAGUCUCGCACUACAUUUGACAACGAGGAAAAAGAACGCUCAUUUGGCAAACUCGGCGAUUCAAUGGGCCAAUUCUAUACCGAUAUUGCGAAAGCUAAAGAUGAUCUUGAAAGUUAUGCAAAGGAGAGCAAGACCACUGGUGUAUCGGUUGCCUACGUUACCCUUGUCCAAGAUUUGAAUGUUAAAAUAAACAAAUGGGAACAAGAAAUUAAUGUAUUCCGUAGCGGGGAAAAGACACUUAACCGACAUCGAUAUACUUCUAAUGACGAUCGACUAUCAAUUGGCCGAAUUGAAGGUGCUUGGGACGGUCUGAACCAACUUCUCAAUGUUGCAAAUUCAGUCAUCAAGGAACAACGCGAGCGCCUUCAGAAACAACUUGAAGAAGAAGACCGCCUUAUCGAUGCCAAUAUCAAGGAAGCUCUCAAUGAAUGGUCAGAAAAGAAACCAAUGCAAGGAGACAUCAAACCCGAAGCUGCUGCAAAGACUCUCAGCGAGUUUGAAAAGCGCUUUAACGAUCUCAAGACUAAAUUCGACGGCAACUGUCGUGCGAAGUAUGCCUUGCAUCUUGACCUUGUUUCCGAAAGUCAGUUGGAUCCAGUGUUGGAAGAGCUUGACGCUUUUAAGGCUGUCUGGAGUUCUUUGGGAGGUUUGGCAGACUAUAAACGAAACAAAAGAACAGUUAUGGUCGUCCGUUGCGCCGCGGCUUUGGAGGAAUACUUGAAACAGGUACGGGAGACAUGGAAGAGCUACAUGUUCGAACUCGUUAAUCAGAACAAAACCCGCUUGAUUAGAGGAUGGGAUGACUUGUUCACAAAGUGCAGUGAGAAUCUUAAUUCUUUGACGGCUAUGAAAAUGUCGCCUUAUUGUAAAUCGUUUGAGGAAGAAGCCUCGUCCUGGGAAGAUAAACUUAACCAUAUCCACGUUUUGUUCGAUGUCUGGAUUGAUGUACAGCGUCAAUGGGUAUACCUCGAGGGUAUAUUUAGUGGUAGUGCUGAUAUCAAACACCUUCUUCCAACUGAAAGUCAACGCUUUGCCAAUAUCAACUCGGAAUUCCUGGCUGUGAUGAAGAAAGUCAACAAAUCACCGUACGUCCUGGACGUCCUUGUUAUCCCCGAUGUCCUAAAAUCAUUAGAGUGUUUGGCCGAACUGUUAAAUAAAAUUCAAAAGGCGCUUGGUGAAUAUCUUGAACGGGAGCGUUCUUCGUUCCCACGUUUCUAUUUUGUCGGUGAUGAAGAUUUACUCGAGAUCAUUGGUAACUCAAAGGAAGUUGUUCAUAUUCAAAAGCAUUUCAAGAAAAUGUUUGCUGGUGUGUCAAACAUUAUCUUAACCGAAGAGAAUACCAUAAUUUCUGGCAUGGCAUCUCGCGAAGGAGAAGAAGUAUAUUUUAAGAAUCCUAUAUCUAUCAAAGAGCAUCCAGAGAUCAACGACUGGUUGACGAUGAUAGAGAAAGAAAUGAAGGUCUCGCUGACGCUUUUGCUAACGGAUGCCGUCACCGAGAUGAAUACAUUUUAUCUUGCAGAUGAAUUGGAUACUGGUGUUUUCUUGGAUUGGAGCGACAAAUAUCCGGCUCAACUGGUUGUAGUGGCCGUACAAAUUAUUUGGACACAAUCGGUUGAUAAAGCUCUUACGACCAUAACUGAAGGUGAUCCGAAUGACCAAACUCCGAUGAAUGACGCUAUAGGAUACGUUCUCCGCGGACUUGAAAUGAGAUUCUACUUCAACAAAGACGCAGAAGACCCACUAGUACGAUUGGUCAUUAACAUGGCUAACGCUCAGUUCUAUUAUGGAUACGAAUACCUUGGUGUCCCAGAUCGUCUUGGGCAGACUCCUCUUACUGAUAGAUGUUACCUCACGCUCACACGAGCUUUAGAGGGUCGCCUGGGUGGAUCACCAUUCGGACCCAUUUGGAUGUUCAACUUGGUCGGUUUGUGCUGGUAUUUUGUUGUGAUGAAAAUUUCGACUUUCGACUUUCAAGCUAUGGGUCGUAUAUUUCAAGUGCAGACUAUUCAGCUUGGUCUCAAAGCUGCUAAAGAUAAUCCAAAUACAAAUCGAGAUUUUAUGCGACAGAAUGUUUUGUGUCAGUUUUUAAAUCUUAUAUCUGCUCUCCUUAAAUCACAGGCAGGUAUCUUUAUUACCAUGAAUCCUGGAUAUGCUGGCCGUUCUAACCUACCCGAUAAUUUGAAGAAGUUACUCAGAAGCAUUGCCAUGACGAAACCAGAUCGUGAACUUAUUGCUCAAGUGAUGUUGUAUUCACAAGGCUUCCGUACUGCUAAAAUUCUUGCUUCCAAAGUCGUUCCUCCCUUUAAUCUGUGCGCCGAGCAACUGUCUCCUCAAUCUCAUUAUGACUUUGGUCUUCGCGCAUUUAAAAGCGUCGUAAGCGCCGAAGGAACGAAGACAGAAGACGAGCAUCAGAAACUUUCCGAACCCAUUCCCGAACAAGAAAUUGUGAUUCAAAGUAUUCGUGAAACGAUUGCACCUAAACUGGUUGCCGAAGAUAUUCCACCGUUGACUAGUCUGGUUGCGGACGUCUUCCCUGGAGUCGAAUAUGUACCAGUCGACCUCGAUAAACUCAAAGAAGAAAUUAUUAACGUUUGUGGCGAACGCCGCCUUGUUGAGGGGGAGCUUUGGAUGGAGAAGGUUCUUCAACUUUAUCAAAUUCAAACAUUCACCAUGGUCGAUGAUGUUCAGGGAGUUGAAGGUAUAUCCUAUGUGAUUGAUCCGAAAGCUGUGUCCAAGGACUCUUUGUAUGAUACCUUGGAUCAAACCACUCGUGAAUGGACAGGCGGGUUGUUCACUCAUAUACUUCGUAAGAUUAUUGAUAAUGUACGUGGCGAAAGCAGCAAGCGGCAUUGGAUUAUCUUUGAUGGUGAUGUGGAUCUCGAAUGGGUCGAGAACUUGAACAGUGUACUGGACGACAAUCGUUUGCUUACUUUGCCAAACGGAGAGCGGCUUAGUCUACCUGGUAACGUUCGUAUUAUGUUCGAAGUUGAAACGCUUAAAUAUGCAACUCUGGCCACGGUCAGUCGCUGUGGUAUGGUUUGGUUCAGCGAGGAAGUUGUUAGCAUGCCAAUGAUUUAUAGCAAUUACUUGGAGACAUUAAAGAAUGUUGCCUUGGACGAUAAUGAGGAAGACGGAAUGCCAAAAGCACAUCAUGACAACGAAGAAGUUUCACCUAAUCUUAUUACGCAAGCAGCAGUUGCAAAUAUUCUCGCAUCACAUGUAAACGAAGAUGGGUUUGUUACGAAAGUACUUGAACAUGCUGAAACUCUUGAACACAUCAUGGACUUCACCCGCAUGCGUGUUUUAAAUACACUCUUCUCCCUGCUCAACAAGACAGCUCGAAAUGUAAUUGAAUAUAACGCUCAUCACACCGAUUUCCCAAUGUCAAAAGAACACAUGGAAGCUUAUGUUGUCAAGCGUCUAGUUGUUAGUGUUAUUUGGAAUUUCUCUGGUGACGCAAAACUGGAAUCGUAA